UUGCUUAUAAGGCCAAAAUACCUGUCAUAUUGCGUGCAACACGGUAUUAGGCUAUUGUUUGCUGCUUUGAACGUUGAAACCCUGUCAAAUUUUAUAUACUAAAUGUAAAUGCAAUUGAUCGAUAAUUUCAACGUAAGGAUACCGCAUCGUGCUGGCGGUACCAAAGGGGUUAACAUUUCGAUCUCGGUUGCUAUGGCGCAAAGCAAUCACACAGCAUUUAUACAGUUUAAAAGUGACAUGAUUUUUUGCUUUACUGUCGUUGAAGGGGUAGGAUUGAAGACCUAUAAAAACUACUUGAAUGCAUGUUUCCUUACUACACUGCUGUCAAGUGGUACCGUCGAUGCAAUAGGCAAACUUCAAGUCAAAAUGCAAGUUGCAGCCACGUACCGGACUAAACACUUAAUUUCUACUGCCAUACUAGCGACGCUUUUUUUAAUCGCAGGCGAAUUCUCCGAUGCCGAUCCUGAUGGACGGCACUUCAACUACCUCGCUUUUCAUAAUCCACCGUACGAUACUUUGAUUCGAGGACCAAAUGGCACCUUUACAACUUUCGGGGCAUCGCUUGAAUUGGUUAAAUGGCUGUCUGCAAAAUUUAAAUUUACGUUUAAUGUCUCCAUGGUAAAUCAAACCCUGAUUGAAAAAUACGGAACACACGAGGCUUCGUUUUAUCAACUUAUUAACGACAAAAAUGUAGAUGGAAUAGUGUGUUCCUUUUAUUUAACUAUGGACCGAGUGAAAAGGAUGGACUUUACAAGUCAGCAAACAUGGUCUGAAGGAUUUUGUCUUAUUGUUCCAAGACCUGUAGAAGAAAGCCGAUUGUUCGCUUUCAUCGGCCCGUUUCAACCUACGGUUUGGAUGCUGAUUUUUAUUAGUCUCUUUGUUUUGGUUGACAUGAUGACUCUAUUUACUUGGUUCUACAAUCGCCAACGUUGGAAUAAUUUGGGCAGUGCGACUGUAGAAACCGAAUUAAACAAUGAACCGAAUAGUAACAGACACAAAAGGAGCGGCUCGAUCCACAAAAGCGUUUUCAAUAAUUUCAGUUCUCAUAUGAUUUAUGUAAUUAACAUCAUGACAAACCAAGGAUGCCAAGAAGCAUUUAGCCGCACUUCUUUUCGACUUUUGACUGGAGUCUGGGUUUUAUGUGCUAUGGUUUUGGUGAAUUCCUACACGGGAAUCGUCACAUCAUCACUCACAACUCCAAAAAUGAAACCGUCCAUUGGAUCGCUGGAAGAAUUGGCUGCAAGUAAAGAUAUUGGCGUACUAAUUCGACAUGAUACGUCGAUCGGGGAACAGAUUUUAAAAGCAACUUCUGGCGUUUAUAAAGUUCUGGGAGAUCAAGCCCGGCUUCAUCCGGAUCAAAUACUCGGCGACCCUUUUACAUUGGCUUCAAAACUGGAAACUGGCCGCUACGCUUAUCCAUUUAUUUUCAUAUCACUGAAAGAGAAUCAGCAUCCUGGUUGUCCUUCCAAGAGGUUAAUCCUGCGCCGCUACUCCAUGGACUGAAUUCCUUGUUGGAAACUGACGAGAGAUUAGAGACGACUGAAUGACGGGCUGUCAUUCAGCAAUACUGCUCACAUGCGUGCCGUCCUUUCUUCGCCCUGAGGUCCUUCCGUCGCCGCAUGGUGCCUGCUCCAGCUACGCGGCCAGCAUCAUUCGACUACCCAACCGACGGCCUGGGCUUUCGACAUUCGACUACCCAACUUGUUUGGCUUAAGAAAAAUAUCAAGCUUGUAUCUUUCCUGCCUUCCUUUAUAUCAAUUUUUCUUUAAAAUUAAUUUCUCCUUUUUCUCAUAGGACUUAUUGUCAUCCAAAAAAUGUUCAUUCUGCCUACAGGGUAAUCCUACCAGUAAUCCUUCGAUACUUGUCAUGGACUUUAUCCACUGGUGAAAAUCAAGAAGAAAAUGCUGUAAUUCAAGACUUAUCAAUUCUGUAGUUAGCUAAAUUACAAGUGCAUUAUCUGGGCUUCCUUCUUUUCUAUGGCCCCGUUUCCCUAACUAACCACUAACCAACGCCCGCCGGUGGUCACUCACCCGCUGUGAAACCAGGAGGAGGGGAGGGCUCUGGUCGAACGGGGACUUGGAAGGCGAAUG